AUGGAGAAUUGGGAGAACUUCUCGAGAUCAGAAGAUCGACCAGCAACCCGACCGUCAAUCUGUGCUCAUGAUGGUCUGAGCUCUACGGCCGAGCCAUUCAACUACGCACCACUCAAUCCGACGAACUGGGAAAUCAGGUUAAUGCGACUAUUGCCGCUGAAAGACGACGGCGUUAUCUCUCUAGAGCUGGCAUCGGUGCCGUUGAGUGACUUUCGAGGCCGCUUCCGGGCAAUCUCGUACACUUGGGGCCCGGAACAGCCGAUGAAAGAUAUUCUUGUAGGAGACCGGUAUUUCCGAGUACGAAAGAAUAUCUAUUCAUUCUUUCAGCACUGUCUAAAUGUGGGUAAAUUGACGGCUUCCGACUACAUUUGGGUCGACUCGAUCUGUAUCAACCAAAAUGAUAUUUCAGAAAAGAACAUACAGGUAGGGAUGAUGAAGUAUGUCUUCUCAUAUGCUACUUCCGUCCUCGUCUGGCUAGGUACCACAAGCAGAGAAUCCUUUCUGGUGAACGAAUUCCGAAAUUGGCGCUUCUCCGAAUCUGCCUACAAGCCCAGCAUGGACCUAUUACCAAGAGAUCACGCAAGUCAUCACCGAACAUCAGACAAACAGGAGCUUGCGAGGCUCAAGGGAAGUUGGAUAGACUACCUACAGCAAUGCGUUGUCAGUAAAUCAUUCGAUAUAAUCAACGAAGAGCUGUAUGCUCAACUGAUGAACCUUCUUCGCAACCCAUACUGGGAACGGCUAUGGAUAGUCCAAGAAUGUGUCCUAGCGAAGCAGGUAUAUAUUCUCCUCGGCCAUCACGAGAUACCCAUAGAGAUUGCGCAUGCCAUGAGCCUCUUUCGACAGAACCUGCUCCCCUCAACAAAUCGAGAAUUGGUCGCCAAAGACACAACGAAAACCUUCAUGGACAUGGACCCGUACGACCCAGCUAUCAUAUCGAACAUCAUAUCACACAAAAAUCCUACAAGUCCUAUCCGUCAUAAGAUUGGCCUACUCCAAGUGCUGUCUCAGUUCUUCAGACAACUUUGUGAGGAUCCCAGAGAUAGAGUGUUCGGACUCCUCGGGUUUUGCUCAAAAGGAGGCGAGCUCAACACGGACUACUCGCUCAGACCAGAAGAGGUCAUGUUACAUACACUGCUGCUAAUUUACGAUGAAGCAGCGGAAGACUUUGGUCCAUCGAAAGAGGUGGUUAUAUUCCAUUCGGGAAUCGAAGAAUUGGUGACCGACCGUACUGGCGACAUCGAUUCCUCUAUCAUAUCCGCUCUGGAACCUCUUUCCCUGGCCCUGCAGGUCAAUUUUCGUGAUGUCAUUUCCCUGCUAAGCAACUUGAGAAGAAAAGACACAUCUUUCGCGAAAACACUUAGCCCUCUUGUCGAAUGGAAAGUGACCAUCACCUUACGCCCAACCUUCAUAUUCAGAUACGAAGGGGAUUCGCUGCAGAGAUACGACUGGCACAUGCAGGAAAUUCAAGAAACAAAGAGCAGCCAAUUAUCGCCGCGUCUUCACAGAAAGUAUUACCACUGCGGGAAGCCGACUACCAAGGCCUUCGGAACAUUCGUCAGGUCCGAUUACCGAAUCCCAAAAGCUUCCGUAUUUUCGCAUUGCUUGAGGACAGACAGAUUCGGUGCCGUUACAAUAUUUCUGGAGUUCGAAAAUUGUCACCCCUGCACCCGACCACAUAAGACGGAGCAAAGCUCGGCUGAUGCUGAUGGUGUGUCCACGGGGCUGCUGCUGAAACUCUCCGCGGAAGGUCAGAUCAUCUUGCUAGAAUUUGUCGCCAUCGGUCCUGACACUCAUCUGACUGGCGAAAGCGAUGGACACAUACUACGUCUCGAACCCACUCAAUCAAUUGACGACGUGGUCGAUCCCAUCAGGACCGCCGUCAACGGUAUUAUGCCCAGAAUUAUCAGGUUCUAUCGACAUGUUACUACCGAGAGUCACACCAUCGAGCUGCCGGAGAUGGAGUGCUCCAUCAAAGUCCCGCUCUGUAUUAACGAGCUGGAAAAGGAUUUCUAUGCUAUGAUGUUGCAGCCGCUUGGCUACUUGUGGAGUGUCGAUGUUUGA